CCACCCAACUUGGCCACCAUGUUUGCGAUUGAUCGUUGGAACUACUCUUUACAGAAUCGCUGAACGACGAUUGUAACGACCGAGAUAGCGCCGGUGGUUAGACAACGACGCCUUCCAGAAACGCACCCAAGGUUGACCAUAGCCACGAUAAACUGAGUGAGUCGCUGUAUCCUUAAGCUGAACGGGGGAGGGGUGAAAUCCAAGUGACGUCUUUGGCGACAUCUACCCUGUUAAAGCUCCGAGCGCUCUGCAUUCAGUCAGACAGCACGCAGAGAAGGCAGCAAGAGGUAUCUACAGACGCUCAGACGCGGCGCACUCAUUUCGCAGUGAAGGAACGCAGAAAGGAAGAUGGUCUAGGCACGAAAUUUCAAUACAAAAUCUACGAGUGUAAUUGCAUUACAUUCAUAGUGCGCGCAAGGUUCGCUCAAGUUUUUCGUCUCGACACUCGUCUCCUCUUUGAGAGAUACGUUCCCAUGCGAUUCUUCAGACUCACAUUUAAGUGUUUCGUGGAUUGUUUUUGAGGGUGCUGUUUAAUUCAGUGUUUUUUCAUUCAUGAGCGUUUUCUAGUUCGUUUUAUCUUAUUUUAUAACGGAAUUUUACCAACCUUACCAACAUCCCAGUUGCCAAUUUCGCCAACAAAUCUGACUGCCUGCUCAUCGUUGAGCAUUUGACACUGCGAAACGAUUACUGAAAAAUAAAUUCUACCUACUGACUUGCAUCCCUUUCAGGGACCUGAAAGGACCAGAUCCUAUUAAUAAAUAGGGUGAUAUUCUCACUUAUUCCCUACUUCUCAGUGUUGUCUGGACGUUGAGGGCGUUUUGUUUACAAGUGUAUAAUUGGAAUGGAGAAAUCUUCUUUUAACAAUGACUGCUGUGAUGUGAACGUGGUCCUAGGGGAAGAGAGGAAGGGUCACCUCAUCCCUAAUGGAAAUGGACAUCAAGGCGUAAAUGGAACCAUUAUUGGAGGCGCCGGCGCGGCCGGUGCUGGGGCUCCACCUGGAACGGUGUCCGCGGCGGUCAAAGUGGGAUACCAAGAAAGAGAGACUUGGACCAGACAGAUGGAUUUCAUAAUGUCCUGCGUGGGGUUUGCAGUAGGGCUGGGAAACGUUUGGCGUUUUCCUUACCUCUGCUACAAAAACGGAGGAGGAGUGUUCCUCAUCCCAUAUGGGCUGUUCAUAUUCUUGGGCGGUAUUCCCAUCUUCUUCCUGGAGAUUGCUCUGGGUCAGUUCAUGAAGGCUGGAAGUAUCAACGUUUGGAACAUUGCACCGUUGUUCAAAGGACUGGGCUAUGCGUCAAUGGUGAUCGUCUUCUUCUGCAACACCUACUACAUCAUGGUUCUGGCGUGGGGCUUCUACUACUUCAUCAAGUCCUUCAGCGGCACCCUGCCCUGGGCCACCUGCGACAACGAGUGGAACACGGACAGCUGCAUCGAGAUCUUCCGCCACGACGAAUGCGUUAACGGAACCAUCGGCAACGCCACCUUCGGCAACAUGACAUGCGCGGAGUUAGCAGAAGGACGUUCUCCCAUCAUCGAGUUCUGGGAGAACAAGGUACUGAACAUCUCUGAGGGGCUGGACCAUCCCGGCGAAUUCAACUGGGAGCUGAUGCUGUGUCUGCUGGCCGUGUGGAUCAUGGUGUACUUCUGUGUGUGGAAGGGGGUGAAGUCAACAGGAAAGAUCGUGUAUUUCACUGCCACGUUCCCGUACAUCGUGCUGAUUAUCCUGCUGGUGCGAGGGGUGACUCUGCCUGGGGCCUAUGAUGGGAUCAUGUACUACCUUAAGCCUAACUGGUCUAAACUGUGGGAGGCUCAGGUCUGGAUUGAUGCCGGCACACAGAUCUUUUUCUCUUAUGCCAUCGGUCUGGGGGCUCUCACAGCUCUUGGCAGCUACAACAGAUUCAACAACGAUUGCUAUCAGGAUGCGUUUGUACUGGCCUUGAUAAACAGCGGCACCAGCUUCUUUGCCGGCUUUGUGGUUUUCUCCAUUCUGGGCUUCAUGGCCUCUGAACAAGGAGUGGACAUCUCUAAAGUGGCUGAAUCAGGCCCCGGCUUGGCAUUCAUCGCCUACCCAAAGGCCGUCUCUAUGAUGCCGGUGGCGCCGGUGUGGGCAGCUCUCUUCUUCUUCAUGCUGUUACUUCUGGGACUUGACAGUCAGUUUGUUGGAGUGGAAGGUUUUGUAACUGGGAUUCUUGAUAUUUAUCCUGGAAAGUAUUCCUUUCGCUAUCAGCGUGAAAUCGCUGUGGCAAUCAGCUGUACGAUGUGCUUCAUAAUAGAUCUCUCCAUGGUUACACAGGGAGGGAUGUAUGUCUUCCAGCUGUUUGAUUAUUACUCUGCCAGCGGUAUGACCCUGUUGUGGCAGGCAUUCUGGGAGUGCGUGGUUGUCGCCUGGGUCUACGGUGCUGACAGGUUUAUGGAUGACAUAGCUCGUAUGAUCGGUUACCGGCCUUUCCCUUGGAUAAAGUGGUGCUGGUCGUUUAUUACUCCAUGUGUUUGCAUGGCUAUCUUCCUGUUUCACCUGAUCAACUACAAGCCUCUUACUUACAACAAUGUGUACGUUUACCCGUGGUGGGGUGAAGUGGUCGGUUGGUGUAUGGCUCUCUCCUCCAUGCUUUGCAUCCCUGUUAGCCUGCUCUACAAGCUCUCCGGACCCAUGGGAACAUUCAAAGAGCGCUGGGCGGACCUGACUAAACCAGUGUGGGGUCCCCAUCACCUUGAAUACAUGACUUCUGAUGCCGAUUUCAAAAGCCUGGGCUGCCCUCUCUCUCCUAGCUCGGAGGAGAGCAAGGUCAUCAUCUUUGAGAGUGUCAUGUAGACAGAGGUUUGCAAAGGAGGACGCCUCCAAAGACAAGCUGCCGAGAAAGCUACUGUUUCUUUUUUAUUUCUUUUUUUUUAACAAAACGGCAUAAAAGCCAAAGUAUCCUCUGUCACCAAAUCACAAUCUUCCACAUUUUGAAUACCAGACCAGGCCUUUGCAUUUCAGAGAUCUGACCUCUUUCUUUAUUAUGCAAUCCCAUUCUGAAUGUCCUGUCCGUCUAUUCCACCUCAUGAAACAAGUGUUUUAAACAUUCAGAUGAUUCUUUUUUUUUUUUGUCAUGACUGAUGUCCAUCAGUGAUAUUUCUGUCCAAAUUCACUCCUUUUUUCUUUGGCUAUCAUUGAUUUGCUCUGUUGUUUUGUUUUUUUUAAAACCAUAGCAGUAUUUCUCCACCAUGAGUAGUUGGAAAGGCAGCUUGUCUUGGGAGGCUGUAGGUGUGGCGCGGGUCCUGUGUAUCUCGCAUCAGGCCGGAGCUCCGCAGGGUGUGGGCCGCCCUCACCCUUCUGACCACUGCAGAAUUCCCACAGGCCAGCUCUCUCACAAUGCAAUCUGCUAGGGGCCUCCUUAAACUCGACACUUUACUCCAGGACUUCAUAACCAGCACAGUGUACAGGCAGAGGGAAGCUUUGAGAGGGACUAGGGAACUGUUGACCAUGCCGAGUGGAGGUACUGUCUGUCUGAGGUGUGUGGACAUCUUAGGGGAGGGACUGGGAUUUUUCCUCAGCACCUCCUUUGACCUUUCACCUCUUCACACAGCACCACUCUUGGUCACAGUCCUGGAGAGUUAGUCUGAAUGCAUCACCCAUCCAAACACUCGUACAAGUACUCCAGUUGAUAUUCAUAAAUGCUUGUCUAAGCAACUGUGCUUGAAAUUAGACGCAAAUGAGCACAGAAUCACAGAAUUCUCAUUAAAAAAAAUUCAGCUGAUUAUACUUAAAUACUGAUUUGACAAUCACAAACUAUUCAAUAGACACGAUUGCACACGUAUCUGGUUUGAUUUCAGGCCAACUCUUGUAAAGGUGAUGGGAUGCAUAGUCUGAUGCAUGCUGGUCCCUGGCACGACACAGUUGCCAAACUGUCAGUCAAAGCCAACACUUUGUCUGAUGAGCACAAGUUUUGUUUAAAGUGUCUUUCAAGAUGACAGGAGACCUCAGUAUUCUGAUGUAACAAACACACUUUUAAGUUUUUUUUAAGUGCCAAAGGGAACAUGUUGUCUAUCUCUGGCUGUUUUACAGAGAAUGGUUUUGGUUGCCAUAAAAAAAAUCACCAUCUAUACUUUUUCUUCUGCCUAGAUCAGUUUAACAUACUGUUUCUUCCAAGUAAAUGUAUUGCUUAAUAAAGGGAAACUUACUGAAAGGUCUCAUUGCAGCUCGGACUUAAGGGGCCGUCUGACUCUUGGCAAAUAUGUUUGACAACCACAAAAGCAUUAGUCAUACGUAGUUACCAGAGCAAAGUGUUGGAGCCCAAUUUUUUAUGUAGUGUAGUCCAAUUUUUUAGGGGGUGUAUUUGGAUACACACAGGCAGCAUCAUCACAUUGAACAAUGGAACCACCCUUGAAGUACAGCCCAUGAUGUCCAAAAAGGGCCUACCAAACACAUGGCGCCUUGACAGCAGGAGUAACUGACUGUUCCAGUGUCAUAUGGACCUCAGCUAUUUAUAUCAUAACCUGAACUGAGGAUUGUUGAGCCUGUUGUCAGUCCGGUGGUAAAAAUAUCAGUAGUCUCUGUAGUCUUCUCUUUACUGGGUUAGGCUGGGUCUGAUGGUGGCCAGCAGAUGAGCAGCAGCUGCAGAACUGUGAGACGCACAGAGACGCACAGACACACAAACAUGCACACACCCCCGACACACACUACACCACGUUUGUGUUCCUUUGACUUUUGUGCUGCAGUCGCAGUUUAGAGGGUGGACAAUUAGUUGCCAAAUUUUGCCUUUUAAUGAAAGAAAGAUUUGUCUUAAGUCUAGCAGCCCAUUGUCGAAUAGCCAAGUCAAACACCAGGUCUCCCAGCUCACUGCCUUCAGAGUUCACCUGUGGGAAUUCUGCCCUGUGCAUCGUAAAUCAUUGUAACUAUACAAUAUAAUUAGAAUGUAAAAUAAACUACAUAAUGUAAGGCUCCAGAACUACAUUUGCACAUUGUUGUAUAAUAAUCUUGCUAGCACUUUACAAUCGUGUUAGAAUAAGAUUCUCUUUGUUUUUGUUUUACAUCUUGUGAAAUAAAUCAGAGAUUUAUUUUGUGAAGGCUUUUAUUUUGCUAACAUAUACAAAUGCAUAUUAGAUAUCUUUUGUGUGCUAUAUUUUGAACGUUUGAUGCAGUAUGCGGUUUUGGAAAGCAUAAAUGUAUCCCCCUGAACUGCUGCAAUGCAGCAUCAGAAUGGAUAAUACGAUGGAUAGCACAUUGAAUGGAUUUUAAUUUCAUUUUCAAGUGCUACAGUGUUGAAAGUGUUAGAUUCUGUCUUUGUGUGCUUAAUCUUCAGUAUUGUCCUGACCACCCAGAGCUCCAUUAAGGUUUUAUAUAUAUAAUGACAGGUUUCAUUCGUUGAUGGGAUUCAUUUUCAUUCAUAUUGGGAAGGAUGAGGUUCAGGUGGGAGAGGCAGCAGUCUCAUCACUCUCUUUCCAGCAUAGCCUCAUUACCCAUUGUAAAAGGGACAGUGUUGAUUAAUGCUCAAAUGUUUACCCUGUGAUGUUCUUUUUACCCUAUUUUUUUUUAUUUUCCUCUACUUUGACUCAUUCCCCAAAGUCUCAAAACGGAAACCUUGGCAGGCUAUAAUAACUGCUGCAAAGAUCCUGCUGUAUGUCAUUUACCGAAGUGUGACAGGACCAAAAAAGUUCUCUCAAAACAAAAAAAUCUUCAAACGAGCAUUUGAGCUGCCAAUGCCUUCUUUACUCUCAGUAGUAAAACAGAAGUGCCCAGAGGUCAGUGGACGCACAGGCAACACCGGUUUAGCUGGCAGUGGUGGUCCAACCGACCUACCAUCCAUCCACAUUGAAAGAUACAAUCAGUGUGACCAGAAUGUUUUUUUUAACCUAUGCCAUCUAUAUAGUCCAUUUCGUAGCCUGGGUGGGUCAGUUGAUUUAGCAUUCUAAUAUAGUAAGUAUAUGUAAUUAAAAAAAUUAAAAUGACAUUACCAAAAAAAAUUAUAAAUGUCUGUAUUGUCAUGUAUGUGCUCUGCCAAAUUGUUCUUGACAGUAUCUUUACUCCAAAGGGUUAUUUAGAAAUGAUUGCAUUUAUGAAUAAAUAUCAAAAUGCAGUAGAAUAUAUUAUGGUUCGCUGAUUGGGGUUCAAACUAAAAACUACAAUAAAAAAUGUAGUCAUGAUAUCCUCACUUCGAUAGAAAUGUGCAAUGCAUAAAAAGGGACUACUGUAAAUUUUGUAAAUGUUAAACACCAGUAAGUAAUCCUCUUUAUUUCAAUAGAUAUAUAGUUUAUUGUAAUGGAUAUAUGUUUCCCAUCUAUGAGUUUGUGAAUGGAUAAUUAACAUCAUUUAUCAGCAAAUGUGAAGUCUUCAUAUCUCACCUAGCUUUGGAGAAUUAUACUGUCUUGAAAAUUCACUAUAGCACUGUUGACUCGCUAUACUUAACGGAUCUUUAACCCUCAUUACUGUGCAUUGUAACAAACUGUGAGAUGUAACAUUGGUCUUCCAUUCAUGAUCUAAUGUACAGUAGUGAUGCAGAGAUAAAUGUACUAUGUGUGUGUAUAAAUAUACUGUAUACUUCUGUAUGUAUAUGUGUGCUAACAUCAUUAAGGAGUUCCAUCAGUCUUGCAGAUCCCCUCACAACAGAUGAAGGGCUUCAUGCUUGAUACCACUGUGAUUUUGUGCUAAAACAAAUCCACUGUCCUGAAUCAAAAUAACAAAUGGCAAUAAAACUAACUGAAAAACA